AAAUGUUCACAGUGUUCUAAACACGAACUUGGGAGGAGACACUGAACGCGUCACGUCAUCCGCCGCGUGCGCUCGCAGCAUCAGCAGCACAGUUAGUGAGCGGCGAUGUGAGUUAACGGGAAAGUUCACUCUGUGAGUCCAACUGUGCGUCGAGACGGGGAUAGUUUUACCAGGCGUGUGUUUCCAGACUUUCAGAAGCAAUGCCAGCCUUUGGUGGAGCUGUGCCAUAAACCAAAAGGAGAGUCCUCUGACCCAACGAGUGUCUCCCCCAGUGACUCCCAGGUCGUCCUGACUCAGGGACAUCAUGGAACCCCUCCCCUUUCACCUUUCCCCGCUCUUAUUCCUCCUCCUCUCCCUCCUCCUCCUGGCACACCCAUGUACCUCAUCCAGGCCCCAGGUUGUGGAGCGGGCUUCUGGCCCCGAGCAGCCUCAGUCCUCUGGCAACACUACGGGGUCUGGCAAGCGGACGUGUGCGGACAUUGUAGUGUGCAGACCUGGUAUCCUGCUGCCAGUGUGGAUGCCAGAGAAACCUCCAGUGGGGGAGCAGGCAGGGAGGGCAGUCAUCUACUUUGUCUGUCUUAUGUACAUGUUCCUGGGUGUGUCCAUCAUUGCAGAUCGCUUCAUGGCAUCCAUCGAAGUCAUCACCUCUCAGGAGAAAGAGGUGACCAUCACCAAACCUAAUGGUGAAACGACCGUAACGACAGUUAGAGUCUGGAAUGAGACUGUGUCCAACCUCACACUCAUGGCCCUCGGCUCCUCAGCGCCUGAGAUCCUGCUUUCUGUCAUUGAGGUGUGUGGGCACAACUUUGAUGCAGGGGAGCUGGGCCCGGGCACUAUAGUGGGCAGCGCUGCCUUCAAUAUGUUUGUGAUAAUCGGUCUGUGUGUCUGGGUGAUCCCUGAGGGGGAGUCUCGCAAGAUCAAGCACCUGCGAGUGUUUUUUAUUACGGCUUUCUGGAGUAUUUUUGCCUACAUUUGGCUCUACCUCAUACUGGCUGUCAUCUCACCUGGGAUUGUAGAGGUUUGGGAGGCUGUCGUGACGCUGCUUUAUUUUCCGGUGUGUGUGAUAUUGGCUUGGAUCGCUGACCGCCGUCUGCUCUUCUACAAAUACAUGCACAAGCGUUACCGUGCUGACAAGAGGCAUGGAAUUGUGGUGGAAAUGGAAGGUGACCUUGCGCCCAAAGGCAUUGAUGUGAUCAUGGAUGGAAAGUUGUCAGAUGGGAGCUUGUGCCCUGGAAACUCCUCCAGUGUGACAGUCUCUGUGCAGACGGGCAAUGAACUAGACCAAAAAAACGAUGAGGUGGUCCGCAUCCUGAAGGACCUGAAGGAGAAACACCCAGACAAAGACCUGGACCAGCUGAUUGAGAUGGCCAACUACUCUGCCCUGGUCCAUAAGAAGAAGAGUCGUGCCUUCUACCGGGUUCAGGCAACGCGCAUGAUGAUUGGUGCCGGCAACAUAUUAAAGAAACAUGCUGCUGAGCACGCUCGUCGCUCAGCAGGCCAGGAUGCUGACAUGGCCACGUGCUCACACAUUUGUUUUGAGAGUGCCCAGUACCAGUGUACAGAGAACUGUGGCACUAUGAGCAUUGGGGUGAUCCUUGAUGGGGGCACAGGCCAGAACACGUUUUAUGUGGACUAUUGUACGGAAAAUGGCUCUGCCAAUGCCGGUGCAGACUAUGAGUUCAGUGAGGGAACCCUGGUGUUUAAGCCAGGAGAGACCCGCAAAGAAAUCAAGGUGGGCAUCUUGGAUGAUGACAUCUUUGAGGAGGAUGAGCAUUUCUUUGUGCGUCUCAAGAACCUGAGGUUAGAAGAAGGUGGAAAUGAAGGCACAGGGAGUCCACCCAAGGGUAGACUAGUGGAGCCGCUGCUUGCCACCAUCACUAUCUUGGACGAUGACCAUGCUGGCAUCUUCACCUUUGGCCAGCGAGUGCUGCGGGUGAGCGAGAGCACAGGCACUCUGACGGUGACAGUGGUGAGGAAUUCAGGCUCCAGGGGCACCGUUGCUGUGCCCUACCACACAGAGGAUGGCAGUGCCAAGGCUGGGGUGGACUACGAGGAGACCAGAGGGGAGCUGGAAUUCACUAACGAAAAGACCAGUCAGGCCUUAAAAGUGCGCAUUAUAAAUGUGGAGGAGUACGAGAAGCAGGAGAACUUCUUCAUUAUGCUCGAGGACCCCAAAUGGCUGAAGCGAGGACUCUCUGCUUUACUGCUAAACCAGGGAAACCCCACACCUGAGGAGGAGGAAGCCCGGAGGAUCUCUGAGAUGGGCAAACCCAUCCUGGGAGAGCACAGCAGGCUAGAAGUCAUCAUAGAAGAGUCCUGUGAGUUUAAGAACACAGUGGACAAACUCCUGAGGGACACAAAUCUGGCUUCAGUGAUAGGCACUCACUCGUGGAGAGAGCAGUUCAUUGAAGCCUUCACAGUCAGUGCAGGUGAUGGCGAUGAGGAGGAGCAGCGAGGUCCCAACUGCUGCGACUAUUUCAUGCACAUAGUGUGCAUUUUCUGGAAGAUUUUGUUUGCUUGCAUCCCACCCACUGAGUACUGGAAUGGCUGGGCAUGCUUCAUAGUGUCAAUCUCUGCCAUUGGUUUCUUAACAGCCCUCAUUGGAGACCUUGCUUCCCAUUUCGGCUGCACUGUCGGCCUUAGAGACACUGUCACUGCGGUGGUCUUUGUAGCACUGGGGACUUCACUUCCUGAUACCUUUGCUAGUAAAGUGGCUGCCACUCAGGACCAGUAUGCAGAUGCAUGUAUUGGAAAUGUGACAGGAAGCAACGCUGUUAACGUAUUUUUGGGCAUUGGGCUGGCCUGGUCCGUGGCUGCCGUAUAUUGGGAAGUCAAUGGUAAGGUCUUCCGUGUGGACCCCGGCUCACUGGCCUUCUCCGUCACACUCUUCACCAUCUUUGCCUUCCUCUCUAUGGGAGUGUUGAUGUUACGCCGGAGGCCGUCCGUAGGCGGCGAACUGGGAGGCCCGCGGACCACCAAAAUCCUCACCUCACUGCUUUUCUUUGGACUGUGGUUCCUCUACAUCCUCUUCUCCAGCUUGGAGGCCUAUUGCCAUAUACAAGGCUUCUGAGAGAGCAUAGUAAUGACUGCACAAUAACUAACACAUCAUGAGGACAUUUACUGGUACAGUGCUGUAACUACCACUGAGAGGACCUAUCAUCACUUGACAACUGCUGCCAUGGUUCAUAAAAAAUAUAUACAUACUCUAUACUCACACAUACACAUCUGUAUGUCACAUCCACUGCAGGACAGUUCCAGUCAGUAGAAUUGAUUGGGACAGUACUGAUUAAUGAAGCAGACUGAAUUACAUGUAGUGACUGUUUUUGAUAAAUGGUCAGCAUGUACUUUGUGAAGUCACUGGAUUUUGCUUGACACUGGCCUGAUGCUUGAAGGACCGUGACCUGAAUUUCAAGUUUGGACUUGUUUCUCCUCACGCUUACAAAGGCUGGGUCAGGUUAGACAACCCUAAUGUAAUUUUACCCAGGUGAGCAAUGUAACUGAUGACACAUAGCUGCCCUGAUACAUGAGAAUAAUGUUUGCAGAACACCACUGUGCUGUGUGUUAUAGCAGUCCAGACUGUAAUUACUGCAUAUCAGGACACGAAUGAGUGUAUCAUCUUAUACAAUGGCCACUUGUCACAGGCAAAAGUAGAAGCUCCAAUUUCCAAAGUUUGUUUGUUGUCAGUAAGCAUUAAUCCAUAAUUUGGUCCGUUUGUCCAGUUAGAGUUAAUGGGUAAUGUAGUGCAAAGCAAACGUGCUGUUAAUAUUGUUACCUCCAGUUUUUACACACCAAGUUAGAUCAAAAGUUAAACUGUUGACUGGAAGUGUUUGAGUUGUCUUGGUGUACAAUUUUGAAUGGAACUGCUAGCCAAUCAGAAGAAAGUGUUUAACUAUUAAAAAAUAAACACUGAGCACAGAUUGAUUAUAACCUGCAGUUUUGGAGAUACACUGCUGUUGUACAAUACAUCACUAUAUAUCGAUAUACAAUAUAUGUAUAUUGUUCAAUAUGUCUCACUGAUAAAUCGUGUUUAUCUGUUGAGUUAUGUGACACAAGGUAUUCUUUAGUGUUAUAUAAUGCACCUGCUGAAUUUGAUCUCACUGUAAGUAUUGAUUAUAGCAAUGACCAGAAAUGCACUAAAUAGACCCAUUAUUGAAAUGUAUAAUUAAUAAAGAAUUACAUAGACAAUGGAUCUCUAAUAAGCUGUGGAAUGAAAACAUGUAACUAGUAUCUGCCAUUAAGUAUUUCUGUUUGAAAGUGAUGGUUUAUUCACCUCUGAGGUCCUAUCUGUUUAUUUAUCAAUGGUGUAAUUUAUUGUCUUUGUAAUUUCAUGUAUUUGAUCUGAUAUGAACAAACAUAUAUUGUAAUAUAUUGCAAGUUGUUAUAAUUACAUUGAAAUUUUAACU